AUGUCUUAUGAGGCCGACGAACAUGAGGCCGAGCAUGACACUGACGAUUUUGACACCGACGAUCACGAUACUCACGAUACUGACGAGCAUGAGACUGACGAGCAUGAAACUGACGAGCACAAACUUGACGAGCCGUUGCAACGCAAACAGAGCGCGUUAAAUCGUAUCGCAAAAAUGUCAGCGUUUUUGCUGUUCGCCGUUUUGGCCACCGCUUUGCUCUUUGUCAGUGCUAAGCAGGAGCAAGAACCUAUGCGCAACCUUGUAUACUGGACCGGGCAGCACCAGGACGUGCCCUCUGGACUUCCGGAGAUGGAUUAUGUCUCGCACGUGGCUCUGGCCUUUAUGCAGUCAAGCCUGUUCAACGAGUUCGACGGCGUGAAGCGUACGGAGUGGCCGCUCUUCACCACUGUAGGCCAGGCCCGCGCACGCUUUGCUCCAGGCACCAAAGUCCUCGUCGCCAUCGGCGGGUGGGGCGAAACGGCUGCAUUUUCUAUCGCAGCACGGUCCGAGCAGUCACGAAAGCGGUUUGCGCGCAACGUUGCCGCCAUGGUAACAGCCACUGACGCUGACGGAGUGGACAUUGACUGGGAGUAUCCAGGAGGCAAUGGCGAGGACUACAAACAGAUCACAAAUGACGAGAAGGCGUGGGAGAUCUAUGCAUAUCCGCUCCUCCUGGCCGAGAUCCGGUCAGCCCUGGGCCGGGACAAGAUCAUCUCGGCAGCGGUCCCGGGAAAGCCAGAAGACAUGCUCGCAUUCACGCGCCUGACAGUACCUCGCAUUAUGAACAGCGUCGACUUUCUCAAUGUCAUGACGUACGACCUGAUGAACCGGCGCAACACCGUGACCACGCACCAUGCGGGCGUCGAAAAUAGUUUGGCGGCCAUUGAUGCCUACAUUGCGGCCGGUGCUUCACCUCAGCGGCUAAAUCUGGGGUUUGCCUACUAUGUGAAAUACUUCAAGACCGAGCACGAUGAUUGCCAGGAAAUGGUAAACCAAGGGAAGGCACCGAUCGGCUGCCGAACUCUGUUGAUGGAAGAUCCAGGAACUGGCAAGGACAUGGGCCGGGCUGGUGCGUUUUCGUGGGACGAUGCUGUUCCGUCGAGAGUGAAGAGCUCUUAUAACCGGGCGAUGAAGGAAGGAGUGUACGACGAGGUGCACGGCGGUCAUUACUACUGGGAUAGUAAGGAAGACCUCUGGUGGACAUUUGAGACGCCUCUGUCGAUUGCCACAAAAAAGUUUCCGCUCGUCGUAAUGAACAGGCGACUGGGUGGCGUUUUUGCGUGGGGCGUGGGCGAAGAUGCCCCGUUGUACCGGCAUUUCAAGACGUUGAGCCAUGUGAUGGAGUUGAUCAGAAGCGGCGAGGGGAAAGCUUUGUCGGACGAGCUAUGA